AUGCCCGACCCCGCACCCGCCGGACAACCCAUCCAGCAAAAUGGUAAGUAUAGGUUAGUGCAAGACUUUAGAGCAGUAAACCUCAUCACAAAAGAUAUCCACCCAGUUGUAGCCAACCCUUACACCUUGUUAACAUCUGUUUCUGAGAGAUUUCAGUGGUUUACAGUGAUUGAUCUAAAGGAUGCCUUCUUCUGCAUACCACUGGCACGGGAAAGUUGGAAAAUCUUUGCCUUUGAAUGAGAGAACCCAGAGACUGGACGGAAGCGACAGCUUACUUGGACUCGAUUACCACAAGGAUUCAAAUGCUCACCCACGAUAUUUGGUAAUCAGUUAGCAAAGGAACUUGAAGAAUGGAAGACUACUCAGGUAAAAGAAUCUCUUUUUUUCAUAUAUAAUCUUCAAUAUGUUGAUGACAUCUUUUUGAGAAAUACAGAGCAGAGACUCUGCCGUCAAUUAACCAUUGAACUGUUAAACAUGCUGGGGCAAGCAGGCUAUCGAGUCUCAAAAGAAAAAGCACAACUAGUAAAACAGAAAGUUAUUUAUCUGGGAUGUGAAAUCUCCCAAGGAACCCGGCGCUUAGGAACAAAUAGGGUUCAAGCAAUAUGUGCUAUCCCUAUGCCCCGAAAUAAUCAGGAACUGAGAUCUUUUUUAGGAAUGGUCGGAUGGUGCAGACUGUGGAUCCCCAACUUUGGACUAACUGCCAGACCUUUAUAUGAAGCAGUAAAGGAGCCCAAGCUGACCUGGGGGACGAAGCAAGAGAAAGCGUUCCAGGAAUUGAAAAGAGCCCUCCAGGAAGCACCUGCCCUGGGACUGCCGGACCCAACCAAGGAGUUUCAGCUCUAUGUCUGCGAGAGACAACGAAUGGCUUUAGGAGUCCUCACUCAGCGUCUAGGAUCCUGGAAAAGACCGGUUGGAUAUUUCUCCAAACGGCUAGACGCAGUAAGUGGGGGAUGGCCAGGGUGUCUCAGAGCUGUGGCAGCGACGGUUACUUUAAUACAGGAAGCACGAAAAUUGACUCUGGGAAAACACAUGGUAGUGUACGUACCCCACAUGGUCAUAGCAGUUUUGGAACAAAAAGGGGGGCAUUGGCUCUCAUCUAGCCGCAUGUUACAGUAUCAGGCUUUGUUAAGAGAGCAAGAUGAUGUUGAACUGAAAAUCACUAACCAUCUCAACCCAGCAGAAUUCCUUAGGUCUACACAGGAAGAAGGUAUCCUGGAGCAUGACUGUGUAGAGACCAUUGAACAAGUCUACGCGAGCAGAAGAGACUUGAAGGACGAGCCAUUGACAGAUCCUGACUGGGAAUUGUUCACUGACGGAUCUAGCUUUGUGGAGAACGGCACCAGGUAUGCUGGGUAUGCAGUGGUCACUGAACAAGAAGUGAUAGAAGCAAAUGCACUACCCCCAGGUACGUCUGCACAAAAGGCCGAAAUAUGGGCAUUGGUGAGAGCUUUAAUAUUAAGCCAAGGAAAGAGAGUUAACAUAUGGACUGACUCCAAAUAUGCUUUUGGGGUAGUUCAUGUUCACGGAGCACUCUGGAAAGAGAGAGGACUUCUUACUUCUCAAGGGACAACGAUUAAACAUCGGGAAGAAAUUUUACAAUUGCUAGAGGCAAUACACAAGCCCUCAGCAGUGGCAAUAAUGCAUGUUAAAGGACAUCAGAGAGAUCCCGGACGAGAAUUUCGAGGUAAUCGACAGGCUGAUCAAGCGGCUAAGCAGGCCGCAAGAGAAGUAUGGACUCAGAUGGUUCUUUUGCCUGUUCGAAAUAAUCCAGCAAUAGCAUAUAUGGAAGAAAAACCACAUUAUUCACAGGAAGAUGAGAAAUUAGCUCAAAUGACAAAUGCAAGGAAAAAUGUUAAAGGGUGGUACAUUUCCCCCAUAGGACAAGUGAUUCUACCUGUCAGAAUAAUGAAAGCAGUGCUUGAAACAGAACACAAUAAGUGCCACUGGGGUGCAGAAGCAUUGGUAAAAUUUUUGAAAAAUGAGGUUCUCUCAAACCAGAUGUUAACACUGGCAAAAAGGGUAAAUGCAAUGUGUCCUAUGUGCAUAAAGAAUAACCCAGUAGUCAGGAAGCAGGUGCAGAUGGGAAAAUUACAGAUAGGUCAGUUACCGGGAGAUUACUGGCAAGUAGAUUUUUCUGAGUUGCCUAAGGCCCAAUCCUAUAAGUAUUUGUUAGUAUAUGUCUGCACCUUUUCAGGAUGGCCUGAGGCUUUUCCCUGUAGGACUAAUCAAGCAAAGGAAGUGGUAAAAACUCUCUUGAGAGAAAUCAUCCCAAGAUUUGGAGUUCCCCUAGGGUUGUCCUCUGAUCGAGGACCGCACUUUAUAGCAGGGAUAGUACAAGAUGUGUCGGUUGUAUUAGGGAUAACAUGGAAUCUCCAUACACCAUGGAGACCACAGUCUAGUGGACAAGUUGAAAGGAUGAAUCAGACAUUGAAAGGUCAAUUGAAGAAAAUCUGUCAGGAAGCAAAGAUUCCGUGGCCCCAAGCAUUAUCCAUUGCCCUGUUGAGAAUUAGGAUCAAACCAAGAGAGAGGAUAGGAACUCUCACAGCCCUCAGAGGAGCGUUGCAGUGGAAUCGACCUUUGCCCCUGGAGAAUCCAGUGCACGACAUUUCUCCGGGAGAUCAUGUCUACGUGAGAAACUGGUCGGUGGAGCCGCUGAAAGAAACAUGGGACGGUCCUCGCCAGGUGAUAAUGACGACCUACACCGCAGUAAAAGUCGAAGGAAUCGACAGCUGGAUCCAUUAUACUCGGGUCAAGAAGGUUCCAGUCUCGUGGUCGGUAGAACCUCUCUCACCCACAAGGAUGGGAGCUGAAUUAAGGGAUGUUAACGUCAAGUGGAGAUGGAGAGAUCAAGAUAAAACCAUGACAGAAGGAGUGACAACAGUUUGGGAUGCUACACAACAAAAAGGUUACACCGUUCUGCAGGGACAGAACUUGAAAGUUGGGAAGAGACAUCAGAUUGGAAAGAGAGCAGACGCAAUAGUUUUGAAAAUCAAAGAAAUACAAAGAAGAGAAGAUGAGGGCCAAUAUACUUGCUGGAUAAGUAAAGAUGACUGGUGGGAUACUGGAAUUACUGCCGUCUACAUAAGAGCUGAAAGAAUAACCCGGCAAUUAGGAUGUGAAUGUCGAGGAUAUAACCAUAUGAUUAAGGGAUCUGUGAAAAAUAUUGAUUGCCGUACCACCACAGUUAAGAGCCCAGGAAAUUUAGUGUGGGUCAUGGGACAUGGCCAGUGGACCACCCACAUGCCAAUAGAUGGUCCAGUUGUACCUGUCACACUAGGGAUACCUACUCUCUGUCCAUUCUGGAAGCGGGAUAAGUUAACAUCAGUAGAAAUACAACCACGAGGGAAAAGAGAAAUUAGUAAAGACAUUGAUGACCUGGAGUUGGGAGAUUGGCAUGAACCAUCAACAGGAGUUAAAUUUAGAUGGGCAUUAGAGUCUCUGUUUGCACCAAUCUCAACAUACCGGAACAGAGAAAUGUUGUUUAAAUUAAUGGGACAAACUGAAAGGUUAGCAGCAGUCACCAAGAAGGGAUUUAAAGAUCUAAAUUUACAAUUACAAGCCACCUCUAGAAUGACCAUACAAAACCGCAUGGCAUUAGACCUAAUAUUACUUAAGGAACAUGGAGUUUGCGGCUACCUGCAUGCUAAGAACGAGUAUUGUUGUGUGCACAUCCCAAAUGUCACUCAGGAAGUAGAAAAAGAUAUUAGUCAAUUAGAACAAAUUGACGAGAAUGUUCAUGAACUGCAAAAAGAAGCAGAACACAAUUGGAUAGGACAAUUAUUCAGCUCCCUAGGUCUUCAUGUGUCAGGAUGGAUAUCUUCUGUUAUCCAGUAUGGAAUAUUGAUUGUAGUGAUUAUUGUGAUAGCUAUAAUUGUUUACAAGUGUCUUUUAGGAAUGAUUGUAAAAGAAGGUCAACAUACGAGACGCAUCAUGAAAGCUAUAACAAGAAAAGAAGUAAUCUCAUCGCAAGAUGGACCACCUCCUGCCUGUCAGGAAACUGCAACCUGA